CAGUUUUGCAGAAGUUCAAGGUGAAACUCAAUGAUGUGGCCAACAGCUGUGUCAAAGAAAGACGCUACACGAUCAGCCCAACCAUAGUCGACGUCUCCUGUGAUACUACAGUACUCGUCAAAGUGCUCACGCUCGAAGGACUGGUAGCGCCCCACGUAUGCACCAUAUAUGUCAGUGCAGGUCGCAAUAUUGCUCUAAAGCAGCGAGCCCAGCAGACUUCGACAGCAACCCCCAUGGAGCUCAAUAAGGCCACCAAUGCGGUGGAUGGCAGGAAGGAAGCAAACAACAACCUGGGUUACUGUUCGCAUACAGAGCAAGGGCUUCGGAGUCAGGAAUGGAAUGUGACUCUGGCUCACCCGUCUGUCUUGUACAGGAUCCUUGUGUACAGCAGUGAAGAUGACAGAGAGAUCACGGGUGGGUUUACUUUAAGCACCCAUAGCUCCAGCGGGAACCUUAUUGAGAUAUGGCGGAGUUCAGCAGCUAAAGAUGCCACGUUUGAACCCUAUGACUUCAUUCUCCUGUCUCACCUGCCGACCCAAACAGUCAAGAUUAAGGGUGGCUAUGGGAUGGCACUGAGCAUGUGUGAGGUGUUUGUUUUUGGAGAAUAUGUCUGCCCUGAUCUGCACCAUGGGCUAUCCUGCCAGAAACGGUGCCAAUGUAAAGGUCACGAAGUGUGCAAUGUGGCAACCGGCAAGUGCGCCCCAGGGUGUCCAGUCGGCUACUACGGGUUUCAGUGUGGCUUGGUGUGUAACUCGUCCUGUCACGAAGACCCUUGCCUUCAAGUGUCCGGACAGUGUUAUAGAUGUCCGCCCGGCUACAAAGGAGACGGCUGUAACGACGAUUGUAACUCCGGGACAUAUGGUGAAAGCUGCGAACAGAUAUGCUCCGAGUUCUGCAUUAACGAGUGCGAUCCUAUAGAUGGGUACUGUGAGUGCUCCACUGGAUACCGGCAGCCCAAGUGUACAGAGUGCAGCCAGGGAACAUACGGCAGCCAGUGCGCAAUGAACUGCUCAUCCAACUGUUUAAACCGCCGUUGUCACCACAUUACAGGCAGGUGUGGGGCCUGCAGGGGGACUCAUAUAGGGCACAACUGUGAAG